CACCAUCGGAGAAGCCUUGGGGUCGGCUAGGUACUGAGCGCGCCAGGCUUUGGAGUGAAGACUUAAAUCCAAGGUCAUGGCAAGACAUCUGAAGUUCAUCGCAAGGACUGUGAUGGUACAGGAAGGGAACGUGGAAAGCGCAUACAGGGCCCUAAACAGAAUCCUCACUAUGGAUGGGCUCAUUGAGGACAUUAAGCGUCGGCGGUAUUAUGAGAAGCCAUGCCGCCGGCGACAGAGGGAAAGCUAUGAAAAGUGCCGGCGGAUCUACAACAUGGAAAUGGCUCGCAAGAUCAACUUCCUGAUGCAAAAGAACCGGGCAGAUCCAUGGCAGGGCUGCUGAGGCCUGCGGAUGGGACACCCAGUGUGAAACCCUCAUCCAGUUUUGUCUCCAUCUCUUCCCUUUGUACAAUCCCAUUUCCUAUUACUAUUCUCUACAAUAAACUCAGUGACGGGUUUGCAAGGCCUCCACAUAUAGAAACAA